AUGUCCACAAAGAGUCGACAACUUGUUACCUCAGAGAACUAUCAAAGCAUAACCCAAGCAUAUCUCCCUCCACCUUGCUACCCGCUCGAACUGCUUGACGAAGAGCUGCUUGAUGAGGAGCUACCGGAUGAAGAACUGCUUGAAGAAGAACUGCUAGACGAGGAAGACGAGCUUGAUGAAGAAGAACUUGACGAGGAUGAGCUUGACGACGAACUGCUCGAUGAUGAGCUCGAGGACGAACUUGAUGAAGAAGAGCUCGAUGAUGAAGAGCUUGACGACGAACUGCCCGACGAGACACUGCUCCACGAAGAACUGCUCGAUGAAGAACUGUUGACGCUGCUGCUGCUACUGCUACCUCUGAGUGACGAGGCAGAGCCGCUUGCGUUGGCCAACCAAGCGUUGUUCGACGAGGACAUGUUUUGCGUGGAAGAUGUGCUUCCAAAAGAGGACAUGUUACUCGAAGAAAACGUGUUGUAUGAAGAGGACGCUUCCUCUCCCUUGUGCACUUGUACAGCCGCCAUCAUAACGCCACCCACGUUGAAUGGCAGAAGGCUCAAUAACAGCGUUGCCAGGACUCUUGGAGUAUCAGCACCUGCCAGAGCGCUUGACGCAGCAGGAGCGAAUGGUAAGAGCAACCAAGCUAAUCGCAAAUCCUGA